AUGACUGGAUCAGGACAGGCGCCCGCCGGUGGCAACACUGGCAAUUACGGGGGACAGGCACCCCAUCGAUCUUACGAAGACCGGGCCGCUGCCCGAGAACAGAUGAUGAGCAACAUCCGCGAGACCUCGCAGCAGGACCGCCGAGUCUAUGUCGGCAACCUCUCCUACGAUGUCAAGUGGCACCACCUCAAGGAUUUCAUGAGACAGGCUGGAGAGGUACUCUUUGCCGAUGUAUUAUUACUUCCAAAUGGAAUGUCGAAGGGAUGCGGAAUUGUGGAAUAUGCUACAAGGGAGCAAGCGCAGCAGGCGGUUGCUCAGCUCAGCAAUCAGAACCUGAUGGGUCGCCUUGUUUACGUUCGAGAGGUUGAUACUGACCUGAACGUUUUUCUCCAGGACCGCGAGGCCGAGCCUCGAUUCAUCGGUGCCACCGGUGCCAGCCGUGGCGGAUUCGGUGGUGGUGGUGGUGGCGGCAUGCCCGGAUUUAAUCAUGGGUAUGCAGGCGGUCCUCCUGGUGGUGGAGGCGGCGGCGGCGGCGGUGGCGGCCGUCAAAUUUACGUUGCCAACCUCCCAUAUACCGUCGGUUGGCAGGAUCUAAAAGACCUCUUCCGACAAGCAGGCAAAGCCCGAAUCGGCGGAGUGAUGCGUGCCGAUGUGCAUCUCGGAGCUGAUGGUAGACCCAAGGGCUCCGGAAUUGUCGUUUUUGAGAAUCCCGAGGACGCACGAAACGCCAUCCAACAGUUCAACGGCUACGACUGGCAAGGUCGUCUACUUGAAGUUCGCGAAGAUCGCUUUGCCGGCGGCGGCGGCAUGGGCUUCGGCGGUCGUGGAGGAUACGGUGGUGGAAUGCGCGGUGGCUUUGGCGGCCGUGGAGGCUUCGGUUUUGGUGGCGGCCGUGGAGGCUUCGGCUUCGGCGGACGUGGGGGUUUCGGCGGUGGCGCCCCUGGAGGUGGCCCUGGAGGCGGCCCUGGAGGCGGUCCUCCCGGUGGAAGUUUUGAUGCUUCUGCCGCGCCGGCAGUUGCCCCGAAUCCCUUCACCGACAAUGCAGCUGCAGGAACGGAACGAAGUGAGAUCAUUUAUGUUCGAAAUCUGCCAUGGUCAACCAGCAACGACGAUCUGGUUGAAUUGUUCACCACAAUUGGCAAGGUCGAACAAGCAGAGAUUCAAUAUGAGCCCAGCGGCAGAUCUCGAGGCAGCGGUGUUGUCCGUUUUGACUCAGUUGAAACCGCCGAGACGGCAAUCGCAAAGUUCCAGGGCUAUCAGUAUGGUGGCCGACCGUUGCACCUGAGCUUCGUCAAAUAUCUGAACCAACCUGGCGGCGACAGCAUGGAAACCGAUCCUCACGCUGGACUGACACAAGACCAGAUCAUGUAA